GUCCCUACCCAUCCCCUUCCACUCACAGACCCUGAGGCAGAGUUUGUCUGGUGUCAGGCAAAACAGUCAGAAUCCUCAAGUCGGGAAGGUCAAGUCUCCUCGGAUGAGUUCAGAAGAAAUUUUGCAAGCAUUUGGCUGAACUUGUGCGCUGAUGUCUAAACGUUGAGUCAUGGAGACUGAAGAACUAAAAGGCAGUCAGAUAACCCUUUGGCUCAUCUUUAGGUUUCUUCAUGUUUUCUGAAAGCUUGUUCUUUUUCUUAAGUUUAUUUCAAAAAUGCUAAAAAUUGGGCCUUGCCUAGAGAAAGAGAGUCCCUCUGGAUUUGGACCUCACCUGAUAUGAGACUUUCCCUGUUUUCUCAGCAGAGGGGUGAGGACCCUGUGGACCUCUGAACGACUGGAUUCCACCUGCUGGGUGGAGCUUACAGGCAGGGGCCUGGGGCUGUGAUGCCCUGCAUGAUGUCAUCAGGCUUUGUGAGGCGUCCUGCACUGCCUUUUAAGUACUAUUGUGUGGUCCAGCAACCCAGCACAACUAGGUAUCUGCUCGGAACCCAGCCACCAUAAAGCCUGGUAUCUAAAAAACUUCACAUCUCUCAGUUCAUUCAGGCCAGACCCCUGCCUCAUUUCACCUGUGACUCUGCUUGGAAAAUACAGCAGUUACAAAGCAGCCAUUGCAGUUAUCUCAGCGCAUUGAAUUCAGCAUUUUUUAGUGAAGAAAAUAACUGAACAUAGUUUUCUUCUGAAGACACAAGGUCCAAAAGCCAACUGCAGACCUAUUAGGUCUAUCUCUCGGAAAUUGAAAAACGGACCUUUGAAAAUGCUAGGUUUAUGAUGAGAAAUGCCAUAAGUCGAUGUUUAUUCUAUGGGUCCUUGAUAGUUGGGAUUUGGACAGCUCUGUUAUUCAUAUAUUUCCGCCAUGAUCAUGUGAGCGACCAGCAGAAGGAAAGCCAUGAGCCUCUGUCAGCUUGGUCCCCUGGAAAAAAAGUACAUCAGCAAAUUAUCUAUGGCUCAGAGCAAAUACCAAAACCACGUGUAAUAGUCAAAAUCCCUGGUAAAGAUAAAGCAAAUUCUAUGUUGGGUGUGGAUUUUAACCAUACAAACCCAGAACUUCAUAAAGAUUUUUUAAAAUACGGAUUCAAUAUAAUUAUCAGUAGAAGCUUGGGCAUCGAGAGAGAAGUGCCAGAUACCAGGAAUAAAAUGUGUCUUCAAAAACGUUACCCAGUCCGCCUCCCGACUGCCAGCAUUGUCAUUUGCUUCUAUAAUGAAGAAUUUAACGCCCUGUUUCGGACCAUGUCCAGCGUCUGGAACCUCACGCCACACCAUUUGCUUGAAGAAAAUUUGGUAGAUGACAUGAGCGAAGUUGAUGAUUUGAAAGAAAAACUAGACUAUCACCUGGAAACUUUUCGGGGAAAGAUUAAAAUAAUAAGAAACAAAAAGAGAGAGGGGCUGAUUCGAGCCAGACUGAUUGGAGCUUCUCAUGCUUCAGGGGACGUUCUGGUGUUCCUGGACAGCCACUGUGAGGUGAACAGAGUGUGGCUGGAGCCCCUGCUGCAUGCCAUUGCCAAGGACCCCAAAAUGGUGGUGUGCCCCGUGAUAGAUGUCAUUGAUUAUAGAACCCUGGAGUAUAAGCCCUCUCCUGUUGUAAGGGGAGCUUUUGACUGGAACCUACGAUUUAAAUGGGAUAAUGUUUUCUCUUAUGAGAUGGAUGGACCAGAAGGACCUACUAAACCAAUCCGGUCACCUGCAAUGGCUGGAGGAAUUUUUGCUAUACGUCGGCAUUAUUUUAAUGAAAUUGGACAGUAUGACAAGGAUAUGGAUUUUUGGGGAGGAGAAAAUUUGGAACUUUCACUAAGGAUCUGGAUGUGUGGAGGCCAACUCUUUAUAAUCCCCUGCUCUCGAGUAGGACAUAUCAGUAAGAAACAAAGUGGAAAACCUUCUACGCUCAUCAAUGCUGUGACACAUAACUACCUAAGACUGGCGCACGUUUGGCUGGAUGAAUAUAAGGAGCAGUUUUUCCUUCGAAAACCUGGUCUGAAAUAUAUGACCUAUGGAAACAUUAGUGAGCGUGUAGAGUUAAGGAAACGACUGGGCUGCAAGUCAUUUCAGUGGUAUUUGGAUAAUGUCUUCCCAGAGCUGGAGGCAUCGGUGGGCAGCUUGUGACAGGAAAACAAAUCACUAUCAUCAAUAAAGGGCUAAAAGUCUCCUGGUUGUUCAACACGGUGGAACAAGACUGUUUGUUUGGAACAUCGUGGAAUUAUGUGAAAUGCAAUUAAAGCAAUACGACCA